GGCAGAGACGCCGAGACCAUUCUCGAUUCCGCUGCAACGACGAUGGAACGCUAUACCAUCCUGGAGCCGUCGGCCCCAGAAAUCGACGACGCCCCCGAGCUCCUCCCGAACAUAGUCCUCGCCACCGACAGACAGACCGCAGAAGUUGUCGCGAUCAAGCGACUCGAGAUCGUCGCGGACAAAGCAACAUGCCGCGUCGACGAACACGUUGCCAUGGAACGCAGGAUACAUAAACAUGUCAAGAAAGUUGGUGGUCAUACGAACAUCCUCCGCCUUCGAGACAGCUUCCAAAUGCAAGGCGUCGAGCAUCUCGUGACGGACCACUGUGCCCGUGGCUCCCUCUUCGACGUCCUCAAAGCCACAACGGACAAACGCUUUGACGUGGCGACGGGUUUGAUGUAUGUGGGUCAAAUCGCGGACGGCCUGGUCUUCCUGCGGUCCCUUGGCUAUGCGCACUGCGACCUGUCGCUCGAAAACAUCCUCGUCGACGAAACCAACACGUGCAAGCUGUGUGAUUUUGGCCACGCCGCCGACGCCUCGGUCAAACAAACGGCCGUCGUCGGCAAGUACUUUUACAUGGCGCCAGAGUUAUACGACGGCAGGGGCUACGACGCCAGCCAGACAGAUGUGUGGUCGCUCGGCAUCCUGCUUUUCAUCAUGGUCACGGGGGUGGCGCCAUUCCGACAAGCUCGCGUGUUGGACGAUCAUUUCGAACUGUUCAAGCAACGCGGUCUCGCCGCGCUGUGCGACCACUUGAGCGUGAAUCAAUUGAUCCCAGACGACGUCUUCGAUUUGCUUGACGCCAUGCUUCAAAUUCACCCGUCGACGCGUGCCACCAUCAAGGAUGUGGUUGCGGCAGUCGGUCACUCCAACCAACGCCACAGCGACGUUUCGUCAGCAACGUCCGAGCCGACAUCGCCCACCCAUCCGAUCAUGCGGCGAAAGCUCUCCAUGUUCCAAAAGGUGCUGGAUCCCUUCAAAGCGUCGUUCCAACGAUCAAAGUACCGAAGCACGUUCUAGACGCACGCGUCUAAGUCUAGCCCGAUAAUUUAUUCGCAUCACAGUUGUUUACCUUCUGCCAUGCAACCGACUGAGUGGGGGAUUGUUGCUCCCAGUGCUCGCAUGCGGCAUACUCCUCGAUUUAAUAGCGACGAUACUGGCGGGGGUGG